AUGGGUUAUGAGGUAGAAACUGAUCUUUUGAUUGCCUAUGUUGUUCAUAUUCUAUCUACACCGGUAUAUCCCAAUGCAACAAGAUUUGGAACCUUCAAAGAAAAAUCUAUUGAGGUACAUUCUGACUUAGCGAAAUUGGUUAUUGCAAAGAAAGUCAGAAAAGAGGUUGAACAAUUUGCAAUUGAACAAGGAUUUACAAAAGAGGCGAUUGUAGAAGCUAGAGCAAAAUUUGAAGAAAGGAAGGUUGAAUCCUCUAGUACCUCAACCGGUACCAGCACCAGUAGACAAACAAGAUGUACAGUUGUGAAAGAGAAGCCCCCUCCUGCUCCUAAGAUUCAAAUUAGAAGAAAACCUAAAGUAGAAAAACCUAAAGCACCCAAAGUAAAAGAAGUAUACAGGAAAAGGAAGAAACAACAAGCGCAAAAGACUCUUGAGACUGUUGUUGAGGACGUAGAAGAAGAUACAGGUUUUGAAGGUGAGAAGAAGGAAUUAAGAGCCAGUGGGAAGAAAUCCAAAGUGGUUGGAUCUCCUACUGUAAAAUCUAUAAAACAAUCAGUAAGUAAACUCACCUCACUUGAAAAGAUUUUGGAGAAAAUAAGAAAGUAUGAUAUUCUGACUGAUGUAAAGAGACAUUAUAACAAUUUUGGCGAAGAUGAGAAAAUGCAAAUUGAAGAUACUAUUGUUUGGUUUAUGAACAAGUAUAGUAAAGCAUUGAUUGAGUUGCAAGUGAAUACAGAAGAAAUACAAAAGAAAAAUGAACAGAUUAAUGUUGAGCAAUCGUUGACUACAAAUGUUGAGCAAACUAAAGAGAAACUAGUAAAGAUAGAUGAGAAGCUGAAAGAUGAAGAAAUGGAGAAAGAGAAGCAUGAGCAGAAAGUGACCUCCCGGUCACUGACAUCAAAGAAGAUAAUUGAUGAUGAUGAGGAUGAUGACACAAUAUCCAUUCAAGGACCUAUUAAUAUGGAUAUGUUGAGUCCUAUUGAGUUGAUGGAGAUUGCAUCUGCUAUGCAAUCUAAGGCACAAAAAAAGAUUAUGAAAGCACAAAUAAAAGAAUCUCAAACUAUUCAAAAUGCAAUAGAUAUACUUUCCAGUAUACUACCAGAGACUGAUAUUGAUAGUCUUCCUAUGCCUAUUAACAAACUAGAACAUUUGGUUUCAUUAGCAGGUGAGCAGAUGAAGAGUCUUGAAGAGGUUGCUAUCAAGAAUGUAGAGGAGUAUGAAAAGAGGAGAAUUGAACAAUUGAUGAAGGAUAUUGAUAGAGACAGAGUAGGUCUUUCUAUGAACAUGGAGCAGAUUAAGGAAGCAUUGUGGACUGGAGGUAACAUUCUGUCUACAAUUUUCAACUUCUCAUUGUUUGUUGAUGAUAUUGAUAAGAAGAGAAAGGCAGAGCAGCAGGAGCUGAAAGUUUUGAGGGAAUCAUUUAACCCCUUAAAUGAUUCAACAACUAUUUUGGGUAGAGUGGCUAUUUGCAUACAACAGAAGCUUAAGGCAUAUGAGGCAGAGCAGUGGGAUGGCUGGACGAAAGAGGGGAAUUCAACUAAAGAGGAGAAUUCAGUUGAAGAGGAGAAUUCAGCUAAAGAGAAGGAUAAAGAUGUUGGAAAAGAAGUCGAUGUUGAAGAAGAGGAGCUCAAAAGAUUUCGGGAGAAAGAGUGUAUGCCAUCGGAGCCCCAAGUUGAAUCUUCUGCUGACUACCAGGAUGAGGAGGGUGCAGAUUGGAGUGAGGUAGCAAGACAAAGGAGCCUGGGAUUAAUUGUGGCUUCGGAGAGCUCUGCAGAUGGCAUGGCUUUGGAGAAGAUGACGAGGCACUCCCAUGAUGAUGUAAGACUUAGUGACGUGGAUGCUCCAUGUUCGCUCACAAUUUACGAAGAAAAUGUUUAG